CUGACAAAUUACUAAUACCUAUCAGCCAAUUUGGGUACAAUUUCUUAACUCGUUUUUGGUUAGUUUCUUUAAGACCGCCAACAUUUUCCCCAGAUUACGGAGUAUCCUGAUAAAAAUGGCUUUAAAAGACUUGUCAGCAUUUACUCCUCAAGAAUACAAAACGUUUUUAGACUCUUUUGACACAGUUUUGACAGAUUGUGAUGGUGUACUUUGGAUGGGAAAUGAUAUCAUAUCAACAGCUCCAGAUGUAAUGAAUAGAUUCAAAUCAAUGGGGAAAAAGGUAUUUUAUGUCACCAACAACAGCACUAAGACACGAGAUGAGUUUGUUCAAAAGUGCAAAGCUCUAGGAUUCAACUCAACAAAAGAAGAAAUAGUAAGCACAGCACAUCUUACUGCCAACUACUUAAAGUCACAAAACUUUAACAAAAAAGUCUACAUUGUUGGAUCUUCUGGGAUCGCGAAGGAGUUAGAUAAUGUUGGGAUAAAGAACUUUGGUGUUGGUCCAGAUCCGAUGACUACCAACAUGACAAAGUUAGUGACAGAGGUGAAGCUAGAGCCUGACGUAGGUGCUGUGGUGGUUGGGUUUGACGAACACUUCAGUCUACCCAAGAUGCUGAAGGCUGCGACGUACUUAGAACAGAAGGGGUCGUUGUUUAUAGCGACAAACACAGACGAACGAUUUCCCACUGACACUCACAUCAUGCCAGGCACUGGAUCUUUUGUAGCAGCUAUCAGAACAUGUGCGGAACGGGAUCCUGUCAUAAUGGGCAAACCUGAAGCUUACAUCAGAGAAUAUCUGAUCAAGGAACAUAAGAUUGAUCCUAGCAGAACCUUGAUGAUUGGUGACAGAUGCAACACAGAUAUUCUACUUGGGACGAGAUGCGGGUUUCAGACACUUCUAGUUCUGACUGGAGUCACUAAACUGGAAGAAGCAAAGAAAUGGAAGGAGUCAAAAGACAAGGACUUGAAUGAUUUAGUUCCUGAUUACUUCACAGAAAAAAUAGGGGAUCUUCUACCUCAUAUGUAGAUUGUCAUAUAGAAACUCGAUGUCAAAUGUCUUUCAACACUGGUAUCAUUGUUAGGAGAUCUUGUACUUAAAUCCAAAAUGGAAUCAAUGCCAAAAUCUAGGAGCUUGUUAUGAACAAAAGCAUAGCUUUUCUUUUCUUAUUUAAGUACCUUUGUUAGCUUUAAAUGUUUAUUAAUACUCUGGGGUUGGUGUAGGGGUCUAAAUGGGUCCCUGAUAUUUGGGUCGGCCAACGGUUGGCCUGAAGGAUCUGUUCGGGCCUAAAAUAAUUUUUGGGCAAAUUUAAAGUCAGGUAAUUUUCGUUUGACUUUUAUUUAACCAUUCUCACGGUAAACACCAUCAAAAACACAUAUAUAUUUAAUAUAUAUAUACAAAUACAUAUUCAAAUUCAAAUCGAUAUUAUUAAUACCCUACAUGAAACUUUAUAAACUACUUAUAAGGUUAUUUGUUUUAAGAUUUAACCCCAAGUAUUAAAUACCAAAAUGUUCGUCUAGGUGUGUAGAUUUGCAAACUGACCUUACAUUAUUGAAAAAUUCUCUUGGACUCUGUCCCAGUGGCUUUUAAAGCUGUCAUGUUAUCCUAAUGAAGAACAUGUUUGUUUACAUUAUGAUCAGCUGGAUAGUUUAAUUGCUGUUAAUAUUUUAGUUGCAAUUUACGGAAACGUGUGCUACAAACAUUUACUGACUUGGUUGAAAUGAAAUAUUUACUAUUUUUUGAAUUUGGGUUGGCGUAAAUAUUACAAUGGAAAAAAACCAGAAAGCCUGGACAAUUUGAUAUACUAAAAAGAAAACUGAAUUAACACUGUGCUGCAUUUCUUGACCAAUCAUUGAAAGAGCCGAUUUGCAAACUAUGGAUACAUAGGAAAGUCAUAGAACACUACCAAGUAGAAGAAAUAGAAAUAAAGUGUUU